UGUGUCUCCUGCAGAAUAUUCGGUACAAGUGGAGCAUGUACGGCCUGUGGUCAGCAGAUCCCGGCCAACGAGCUGGUCAUGAGGACCCAGAAUCGUGUCUACCACCUCAAGUGCUUUGCCUGUAGCUCGUGUCACAUACAGCUCGUCCCGGGUGAUCGUUACACGGUAGUCAACGGCAGCAUCGUCUGCGAGAACGACCACAGCAAACUCUACAAGUCGGCGGCGCAUCAUGGCAUGACCCCCGGACACGCCCCGGGCCUGAGACCGGGUAACAGAGUUUGCUAAUUAAGACUUCAUGAACGAGCCUCAUCUCUCUCUCUAUCUUUGAAGGAUCCUGACGCGAUGACGAUCUUCAGAUUGGCAACGCUGACAGGCAUCAAGCUAUAAAUGGACUGUACAUAUUCACGCCAAAGGACUUAUGUAUUCGAAGAACGGAAUGGAGAUGAAAGUCGUGACUUUAACAUGUGACCUUCGACACGCAUGUCGUUGCUAUGGACGCUAUGAGAUGGCGCACGAAGUAUACCCCACCGACGAAAAUCAGAAUUCGUCCAGGAAACGGCAGAAAGGAAAAAUCAAAAUAUUCCUUUAAAAAAAAAAUCGUCGGGAAAUUAAAUCGUUUAUGGUCGAAGGAUCGUCGUGACGACCACGUGACUAUGUGAACUAAAUGAAAUCACAAUCGCUAGCAUCAAUGGACAAUUGUUUUUAUAUUUAGUGGUAUCGAUGUUUUCGCACUAUUUUGCACUUAUUAUAUGAACAUAAUUAUCAUGACAGUUUUUAUCAAGGAGUUUCUAAACCAGGGUUUGAAUCUUUAAAAACAAAAAAGGCAACGCUGGGAUAACUUUUGAGAAAGAAUAUGACAAAAUGUAGCAUUGAAAUGAAGAAGAAAAAACGAGUCUUGUAGCCGUCCUGUCAUAUUGCUAAUGCUUUGUCAAUUUCGUCAAAACGACUGAGUGACAACGAUGCUAAAUAUGAACAUUGCUUGAUGUCGAAAUGGUUGUUUUUCUAAAUCAUUUUUAAUUUCUUCUGCACUGAAAUCGCUAUGAGCUUUUAUACUAGCUGAACUGAAGCCAUCGUGACUGGAUUGAUUGCUAAGUGGACACGGUCUUUAUAUUUCGUCGUUUUUAUCGUGUGUGUGUUGCUGCAGCUUGGUAUUACAACCCCGUGUUUGUGAAGGAUUCUCGUCGCUCAACGGUUUUUAUGAGAAAACCGCAGCGUAUAAUGAAAGGAAGGAGGAGAAAAUGAAAUGGAACUAGUCCUCUCUCUGACAACCAUGUCAUAUCUAUAACCGGCCAUGUAAUAAUAACGUGCUUUGGAAAACAUGAUCAUUCUUCAUUGACAGGAGCAUUAUUGGACGUGUCUCACUCUUCAUAACUAUCAGCUCUCUUCAUUAACUCAUGACAGGAUACAAUGUGCGAGAGGAGGACGCACCCCGGAUGGACGAGCGAAAUUAAUUAAUUGUGCUUUCACUGAUCAUACAUUCUACCGGCAGACAACCUAUAUGCCUAAUAUCAGAUGGAACCGGAUCAUUUUAUUCGAAACACUUCGGGCAAUGUACAAUCGUAUCUAAUUAGCCUGUCUAACCUUCAAAUACUUGGAAAGUAAUUACGUCUGAGUGAGAGAAAUAGGAAUGACGGGAGAGAGAUUGGGGGGGGGGGGGGAGUGGAGAGCUGGAGUGACGUGGUUCAAUUCAAAAUGGCGACCCCCAUCACGAUCUGUCCACUUUAAUGAAAUUGCGCGCGUGAAGUUGAUUGCGAAGUUCGUCUGCUCUAAGCGACGGGCAUGUAUGCAAUCCAAAAAUGGACUUGAGUUAAUUGAUGAGAUUGUGUGUAGUCAGCUGCUGGGUCCCCAAUCUUCCUCCUUAUCUCUCUCUCUCUCUCUCUCUCUCUCUCUCUCUCUCUCUCUCUCUCUCUCUCUCUCAUUUAUAUUUUUAUUUCUGUAUUCCUCUUUCUCUCUCUUUCUCAUACCUUGUAUCUGUGUGUCCUUAUCUCCUCUCUCUAUUCAUAGUUCUGACCAGUGCUGCAUUCCACUUUUCCUCUAUUUAUUUUGACUCAAGUCUUAUAUUUACAAACUUACGUUUGUCGUACAUCCUUUUUGCAUUCUCUCUCUCUCUCUUCCACUCUCCAAAACUUGAUUAUACUUAUUAUCCUGAGAACAAAACUCUCCUCCAAAAAAAAGCCCCUCACCCAUUUACGCCAAGUCUUGGUUUAAUGCCUUACCCCCCUUCGCCGCGCAGCCUCGUUAAAAAGCUGAUUGUUACUUAGCAGAAGCCGUCGGGAGAUGUCAGAAAUGUAGUCCUACAAAGUGAGAUAAUUUUUGCGCCUACCUUCGGGAGAGGCGCCUUUGUUUAUACAGCCCGCGUAAAUGGGCCGGAGAAAUCUUCUCUCUCUUCUCUCUCUCUCUCUCUCUCUCUCUCUCUCUCUCUCUCUCUCUCUCUCUCUCCUCUCCCUCCCUCCCACACUCUCUCUCUCUCUCCGACACUCUCUCCGUUGCUCACCCGCAAAUCACUUAAAAGCUCUACCAUGAUGCAUCACCUCUCGUGAAAGUCCACCAUCUUUUAGUGAUGUAAUUAUUUUUCAUUUUCACUUCAAUCUUUCAGAAAGUAUUGUGAACCAGGAGUAUUGCAAAUUAAUUUAUUCCGUUUCUACAGAAAUAACAAGAACGAUGAUUCCAUUGCCUUUCUUCUUUUAUUAUACAUUUUUAAGGUAAAAUAUACAACUUAAAUGUAAAGGUGCGCUUAUUUAUCUUUUUGUAUCAUCUCCUGACACGCUCUACCCUGCGUUAGUUCUUAUGACGUCACAAUAAAGAGAGGGUUUCACGAGAAUUAAACUGUUUUAUACGAAGUAUUCCGCAUAUGGUAUAAGUAUAAGUAUAACUGCUGCAAAAUGUUUUUACCACAAUGUACUAAUGUUUGUACGAAAUAAUGUGCGGAUUCCUUUUUUUUCUCUCUCCCUCUUUUUGGUUUAUGAUAUUAGAAUGGGUGAUAUGGAUCUUAAUCCAGCAUUUUAUUAUUUUCUUUUAUUCUUUAAGAACAGAGUCCCAAGACUGCCGUGCCCCUGUUUAGCCUACUUGUGACCGGGGCGGGAGUAAACUGGGACUCUUUUCGACUUCUUCCCCCACCAUUUUUCCUUGAACAAUACUUGAGUUCCUUUUGUAUGCAUGGUUGCCAUUUUGUAGCAUUUAUAGCUAAGGGGCAAAAGAACUUCUUUUUUUUUUUACUAUGUUCUUCAUAUUUUGAACAAAAAAGUUGCAGUCUAUAUAUAUUUGAUACAUCUUCGCAAUGUUUUUUUUUCUUUGUCACUCUUUCCAAAAUAUUUGAUGAUAUUUAUGUUGAUGGGAGGAUGUAAGGAUGUAUUUCAAUUCGUGCUUGGUGGAUCGCUUGCGUACGUACAAGGCUCUGGCAAAUUCAUAUAUUAUAUAUGAUAGUAUGUUACAUGAUUAUUGUACAGUAAUAUGUAACCCAUGUGUUUAUGCGACGAAAUAUGACGAAGAUUUAUUAUCACUAUUAUCAUGAUUAAGUUCAUUGUUCAUGUCGUGCUUUUCUUCUAUUUGUGAAUAGUGGGAGAGUACUUGAAGAUUCUGAUGAAAUGCAAGAAAUUGAUAUUAAAUUGUGCACGUUCUUACUUGAACACUAAA